AUGAAAGGUGACAGAUCUAGGUGUAAAGGCCGUGGCAAUAAGUACUCGAAAGGAUCAAAGAAGUGUUUGCCACUUGGUGCAGCGGUGCAGUAUGUUAGACCGACAAAGCUGGAGGCAGAGCUCCUCGAAUCGGACCUGGUUAUUGAUGCAGCAAUGUCCUCACCAUUCCCCAAAGACGACGCCCACCCCGUGGUCAAGAUACUACGCCCCAACAGUAACCGGACAUCUAAUGCAAGUAAAAAUGAGACAAAGGAUUCCGAAGUAAAUACAACCACUGACUGUAACAAGCUAUUUCAUGUUGGAAAACUUUGGGAGAUGAUCAAUUGUGUAACCCGACAGCAUCGCGAGAGUAACCCCAGUUGUUGUGGUGACUUGGCCUUUGAUCCGCAUAGAGAGAUGCAACGGGGCAUCGUUUGGAGAGAAGCUGUGCUCUGUGACAGUUGCCCGUAUAAGUCAGAAAUGUUUAACCUAUAUAAGGAGGUAAACACCGGGUAUACCACAGGUCGUAAAGCGGCUGCAGCUAAUGUAGGUAUCAAUGUUGCCCUUACACAAACCCCUAUAGCAGCAUCAAGUCUGACAAAAAUUCUAGCUGGUGGAAACAUCAAGCCGCCAUCAAAAAGAGGUAUUACCCAUAUGAAGAGAAAAGUGAGAAAUACAAUAAUAAGUGAAAAUAAACGAGACAUGUCAGAACGUAUACAACAGCUUAAGAAGAUAAACAAGUUGAAAGGGCGCCCGGAGACCCACAUUGCGGCAGAAGUGGAUGCCGUUUACAACAACUCCCUCUAUUCAGGCGUUGGACGAACUCCCUUCCAGCCAGCCACUCAAUGCACACUGACCGUAUGCGAAAACCUGACGCCAAAAAAGCAAAUUGUUGCUGUAGAGACUGUAAACAAAUUAUGCUCAAAAAGUGGAUUUCACACGAAAGAUGAUGACGAAUUCAACAUUAAGUCUGAUACGUGUUCCGCAACAGCUAGUAUGGAAACUAACAUCGGUAAUGAGGAAAAGUGGGCUGAAUACUGUUUUGAAGACCUUAAACAUGAGGGAAUAGAGGUUAAAUACCUAACAAGUGAUGGUGAUGGGAUGGCCUGCGAGGGAGCACGGUGUCUGUUUGAACAAGGCAUCACAACUGUCGAACCAAUUCAACAACUAGACACAAGGCAUCUUGGUGCAAAUCACUGAAAAUUUAUUAAGUCAUCAGCUAAGGCCACAGAUAUGAUGCCAGGUAGAACUAAAGCUAUCCGCACUCAAAUACAGAAUAAAUUUGCAGUAGACCUAAGUCAACGCUGUCAGGCAGAAAUGAGCUGUAUAGUAAAAAAAAAUGUUUCUUCCAAUCUGCUAGAUAAGACAAGGGACAGCAUGAUCAUGAUAAAGAACUGCUAUGCUGGAAAUCAUAUGUGGCAUGAAUUCUGGAGUCUGUAAAGGCAAUAUUGACAAUAACUGGAUCCACAACAGUAUCUACCUGCCAAAAGGGUUCAAAAUUGAUAUUAGUAAUCAAGCCAAUGAAGAAACAUUAAUGCAGCUGAUAGAAUACCGCCUUGGGGACCAGACAGUUAGCCUAACAAAAUUAAAUACAAACAGCCAAAAGGUGGAAGCAACAAUCCGUGCAAUAAAAAGGUCCUUACCUCGAGACAAGACGUUCUCUAGGUGUUACGAGUCACGUAUUCACAGUGCUUUACACUCUGUAAACAAUGGUCCUGGGGAUUCACUGCGUAAGCUAUGUCAAGCCACUGGGUGUCCGAUACCGACUGGAAGUCAGGUUGACAAAACACUUGACACUCUUCAACGGGAGUCUGAAAGAAAAAAAGAGCGUGAACAGUGAUUAGUGUACAAAAUCAAGAGAAAAGCUAGAAGAAAUAUACUGUAUAAACUGUAUGAAAAACACCAAGAGCAGAAAAAGUACAUUAAAAACCAAUUAACCACAUUCCUUAAUAAACGUCGCCAUAAAAGACAGCUACUACUGAAAUCGACUCCACUACCCGCCAUUGAUCACGAUAAAUAUAGCAGAGACCCAAGUAUAAACACGAGAAAUAGAAGACAAAUUGGAAUACGUGCAACCAGGAAAAAUACACCGAGGUUCACAGCCAAUGCAGACACCAGUACUCGCACACCCACGA